AUUCACUAUAUAGUCUAUAUACUGUGAACGAAAUUAAUGUAAUUUCUCGGCUGAUAAUCAUCGAACUCCGUUACUGCGGACAAUGCUGUCAAUCAGUAUAUAAAUCAAAUUGCUGAGUUAGGAAGGUACAUGACAUAUUUGUUAGCCACAUUUAAACACUCAUUAUUUGUUAUUUGUAACUUUUUAAAAGUUUUUCCCUUCAGUUAAUUCGUUUAUUUGGUUAGUUAAAUUGCGCAAUUUUAUUGUUUGUAAAUAUUUUCCAAAAUUCAGUUGAAUAAUUUAAAAUGGAUCCAAAUCAACAAGAUAAAGAUGUUAUGUUGGCUCAAUUACUUUCUUUUGGUUUUGACGAAUGGGUUUGUCGAAAAGCAAUUGCAUGUAAUAGAACCAUAGAAGACGCUACCGAGUGGGUUCUUAAUGCUUUGGAUCCGAACUCGGGGGUUUCUCGUCCUACUACAACACUCUCCUUAAGACCGUCAUCCAAUGACGUUGUUCCGAUGUCGCUUGAUACUGCUACGUCGAGUUCAUUUCCACAACCAGCUUUGGUAUCUCGUCAUUCACAACCAGCUGAUGAAUCAGAAUAUACCAAAGAAAGUAGAGCUAAAGCAGUAAAAGCAGCGGAAGAAGCUAAGAAGCAGAAGAUGAUGGAACGCGAAGCUCGUAAUAAAGCAUUGUUGGCAAUCAAAGAAGAUCGGAUAAGGAAUAAACAACGAAAAUUAGUACAUCAAACAAGUGGAAGUGAAGAAAGUAAUAUUGGUGUAAGCAGUUCAACUGCUUCUCAACCUGAAACUUCCUCAAAACCUUCACAGAAUACUGCUCUUAUUCAGAUACGUUUGUCAACUGGUCAAGCUAUUCGUCAAAAAUUUUCCUCAUCUACGAAAAUUUCUAAUCUAUUUGAAUGGGUAUCUAAUGAGAAUGAACCGAGUAAAACAUUUCAAUUGAUGUUACCAUUUCCCAGAAAAGUAUUUGGAGAUGAUCAAAUGGAUAUGACCCUCGCAGAUGUUGGUUUGGUACCAAAUGCUUCUUUGAAUGUUGUAAAACUUGAUAUUUCGCCUCAACAACCACAACAGCCAGCAGUGAAAUCACGGACUUCAAAUACUUCAAAGAUUUCAAAUAGGAGAUUGGAUAUUGAAUCUGAUGAUAAUGAUGAAGAAGAAGAAGAUGAUGAUGAUGAUGACGACGAUGAUGACGAUGAUGACAAUGACGACGACGAUGAUGAUGGUGGUAGUAGCCAAAGACAUGUGAUAGGGAAUCCGCAAGUUCCGCCACAGAUUCCCGUACAGCCCGUGAUCCCGAACAAUAUUCCAUUAAAUGUUCCUUCACAAGCUCCGCCACAGAUUUCUGCACAGCCCGUGAUCCCAAACAAUAUUCCACCUAAUGUUCCUCCGCAUUUCCUGCCACAAAUUCCUCCGCAAGUGCCACCACAAAUUCCCGUGAUUCCGAAUAACGUUCCGCCAAAUUUUCCUCCAAAUUUUGGACAACCUCCACGAAUUCGGGCACUUCGAGGUCGUUUUCCACCAAAUAUUCCGAGAGGUAUGCAACCUCCACCGUUUUCUGGUGGAGGUCAUCGUUUAACUGAUGGUCCAAUUAUUCCUCAAGAUUCAGUUGAUCCAAAUGAAGAGCAUGUCGAAACCGAGGAAGAGAAAAGACAGCGUUUGGCUGAUGCUAUACAAACGAGAGUAAAUACCGAAGAAAAUAUACAUGAUAACGCUGUAAGACAGGGUAUCAAACGUGAAUUACAGGUUGAAAGCUUAAAGUCAAAAUGUGCAUACUGUGUUGCUGUACUCUUGACUUCCGCUACAAGUGUCAGAAUAAUUCGUUCUCUUGCUAAUGUUUCAUCCAACAUUGGUGAAUUAUUAGUGGCAGAGUUGAUAAAAUUAAACAAAUUAGAUUCUCUUACUUUUAGACGAUUUGCGAAUUGUAAUUUACAGAAUAUUAUAUUGGAUAAUUAUCCGCGAGCAACUGACUCCUUAUUGGAAGUUAUCGGUAACACUCAACGUGCUUCAGUUACAAGAGUUAGCUUAAGAGGAUGCGAAGUAUUAACUGAUACAGGAUUGAAUGGAUUACAAGGGUUGUUAUUUUUAGAGUCGCUAGAUGUUUCGUCAUGUAGGGUUAAAGAUCGUGCUCUUCCAGCUUUACAAGGAUUCGAGAAUUUAACCGAUUUGAAUUUAUCGAAGACAAAAGUAACUAUAAGUGGUUUGAGAGAAUUAUUUGCAAAUUGCGCUUUCGCAAAAACGUUGGAAGUGUUGGAUUUAUCGUACUGUAAUGGUGUUAAUGGAAGGACAGUGUUUUUAGAUUUGCAGCCAUUGGUGAACAUACGUUCACUCAAUCUUGACAGUACUCUACUGACACCACCUCAAGUUCCAGUUAAUCCUUCAAGUUUCCAAAGUUUAGAGUUUUUGGAUAUUUCCAGAACGAAACUUUGUGAUCAAGAUGUAAUGAAAAUAUUAUGUGGAUUUAAAAAUCUUGUUGAUUUGAACCUGACCGAAACUACUGGAAUUGGUCAAUUCGGGUUGAAAUGGAUGGCAAAAGAGUACAAGUCUCUUAACUUUAUCAACUUUCCGAAUCGAGAAGAAGAAUUAGAUGAUGUAUUGCAAGACUUUUCUGAAUUGCCUUUGAACAAGCUCGACUUAACAAAUUUCAUAAAUGUUACCGAUGUCGGUAUUUUGUGCAUUGAAGCUGUGAAAAGCUUAACGUAUUUAUCCUUAUCUGGAACUAAAUUAACUGAUACUGGAAUGACAGCCUUAAAAAGUUUAGAAAACUUGGUUGAAUUGUAUCUUGAUAGAACAUGCAUCACAGAUAUCGGUGUGGCUAAUUUACGAAAUUUACGAGAAUUGACGCACUUAAGUUUAAGUAAAACGAAGAUUAAAAAUGAAUCUUUACGAAUAAUUGGUAAUUCUGCAUUUUCCCCUAGGAGCUUAAAAUAUCUUAACGUUGGAUACACUCGUGUUACAGAUAAAGGUGUAAAAGAACUUAAAGGACUUUCAAAAUUAACGUUUUUGAACUUGGAUUAUACGAAAGUUUCUUUAUCCUGUAAACAAAUUUUGGCCGAAAUGCCUCAAUUACAACCAAGACUUACAGGGAUUACCAAAGAAUUCUGUAACGAAGAUGAUGAGUAGUCAAAGAAUCAAAAUAUACAAUAAUAAUAAUAACAGAUUAUUUAUGAUAGGCUAUUUAAAUUAUAUUUGUAUAUACUGUACUGUAAAUUAUUAUUAUUAAAUGAGAAUUAAAUACUAAGCUCUAAUAUAUUACGGAUUUUGUAUUAUUUUCUUAUUAUUAAAGAGUUAAUAAGUGUUUAAAAAUAUUCUUAA